AUCUCAGAGGGUUUUGGUUUAGUUUUCACCUCUCUAAGUUAAGGCUAUAUAUUCUCCGUGUUAAAUUCGGCAGGAGGGACAUAGCAGUUUCCAAUUCACAAAGAAGACUCAGAAAAAGAUUCUUUGGCGUGCGUAAAACUGGAGAAAGACCGGAGAUUCAGAACAGAACAGGCAAAGAUUCAGACAGUGAUGGCACGCAACAGUGGGAAUUACAGAAACCCAUGCCUGACAAUGCAUCAGCCCUGGGCUUCUCUGCUUGUUCAUGGCAUAAAGCGCAUUGAAGGAAGAUCUUGGCCUGCUCCCAUUAGAGGACGACUUUGGAUUCAUGCUGCCGGUAAGGUACCAGAACCAGAGACUAUCAGAGCAAUGGAGGACUUUUACCGGGAGAUUUAUGCAGUUAAUGGCAUAACAGAUCUCAAGUUUCCGGAGCAUUAUCCCGUCUCAAGACUUCUAGGUUGUGUUGAAGUGGUUGGGUGUGUUAGACGUGAAGAGCUAGUAUGCUGGGACGAGAUUCCCGAAGGGGUGAGACUGGAAGGACAAACCGACUUUUGCUGGCUUUGUGAGAAGCCACAGAAACUCAUCAUUCCAUUUGAGAUGCGAGGAAACCAAGGAGUUUAUAACUUGGAAAGGAAGGUGUACGAGGCUGCAGUGAGAGGUCUCACUCCGGUUACAUCUCCACUCCCCGUGAAAUUUCCCCUUCCGGAUUCACGGAAUCCUUUCUCUUUGAAACCGGGAUCGCUUGCUUCUUCCGCCACCAACAGCCCCAGUUCAUCCGAAACGAACAGGUCCGAGAGUCUUGCUACAGCAAUAGCUGGCGCCCGUGCAGCUGCCACACAGUUCUCGAAGAGUAGUAACACCUUCCAGCCCAUCAAAGAGGGCAACCCGAUUUCCUCCAGGACGAUUUACAAACCCAAGGAGCCUCAGUCGCAAAACAACUUCCCCGCAAGCCACAAUACAGGAAGGUUUGAUAAAUAAACAGUGAAGUUAGGGUUGAUAGAGCAUUGGAUCAUUGUUGUGGAUUGGAUCUGGGUAUGGUUUCAGAUGAAGACAUGAAUUCUGUUUCAAACUUUUUUUUUACCAUCUUUAGUGAGAUGAGAUGUACAGUGUAAGAUUGUUGAUCUGUUAGGUGAAGUUCCUUAUACUUCUGUGUUAUAUUUACCUUGGUGACAAGUAAAAAAGUUGUGUGUAGGUAAAAAAGUUUUCGACUUUUCGUUUAA